UCACUAUCACUCCUCACUAGUUGUAUAUUUCAUAAUUUAUAUAUGUAUGUAUAACAACGAUUAUUAAUGCACUUCUUUAAGGUUUCAAUCAAUCAAAGUAUUCAGGCAUCAUGUUGGCCUUCUCUUUACCAUUCCUUUUUGUGAUCCUCUUCACCACCACCACCGCGCAACCAUACAAAGCCACUGAUCGCUUCUUCCUCGACUGCGGUUCGUCCACCGCUUCAAACUCCAAUUCCGACCAGCGAUGGGAGGGCGAUCAACAUUCCAAAUUCGUGUCAUCCACCGUCACCACCACCUCUUUCUCAUCCACACCAGACCACCUAGAUUCCUCAGUCCCCCAAAUCCCUUACUCAACCGCUCGAAUUUUUAACACUUCUUCAUUUACCUACACAUUUCAUGUCUCCAAAGGCCCCAAAUUCCUCCGUUUACAUUUCUAUCCUGCCACUUACUCCGGCCUCAACACCGAACAAUCUUUCUUUUCCGUAACAUCCAACGGCUACUCUCUUUUAACCAACUUCAGCGCUUUCCUAGCCGUCUCCUUUAUGAGAAACACCCGCACCGAUGCAGGUGCACGAGUCGUCAAAGAAUUCCUCAUCUAUGUAAAAGAUACACAAAUCCUAGAUGUUACCUUUACACCCUCACCCAACUCAUAUGCCUUCAUCAAUGGUAUUGAAAUCGUUUCAGUGCCUGAAAAUUUGUAUUUUAAUGCCAAGACACCAAAAUAUGUUAAUCAAUAUUCAGGACCGAUUAUUGAUACCAACACGGCGCUUGACAAUAUUUACAGGCUAAACAUGGGUGGAGGAGAAAUAUCCGGUAACGAUGAUACUGGUAUGUACAGGUCAUGGGAUCAAGAUAAUAACUACAUAUAUGGAGCUGCAAUUGGGUUGACGCCUCUUUAUAAUAAUCCGAUCAUGUAUACUACUGAAACGCCCAAUUAUACCGCUCCUGAGACAGUUUAUCAAACCCAGAGGAGUAUGGGAAAACUGUCUGACAAGUACAAUCUAACUUGGAUACUCCCUGUUGAUUCUGGGUUUUAUUACAUGCUCCGCCUCCAUUUUUGCAACAUCAUACCACAAUACACCAAAAGCGGUCAGGUUGUUUUUAAGAUCUUCGUUAACAAUAAAACUGCUGAGGAGGAGGCUGAUCUAUUCUACUGGACUCGAGGGAGCGGGUAUCCUGUAUUCAAGGAUUACAUUGUGUUUGUCAACGACCCAGAUGGCAAACGAAGCAAGCAAGAUUUGUGGUUAGCAAUGCAUCCUAAUCGCAACUCUGAACUAUAUCUUGAUGCUUAUUUGAACGGUUUGGAAGUCUUCAAGCUAAGCAUGGAUAAAAAUCUUGCUAGCCCAAACCCCGAACUUAGUUCUACAACCACAUCAACAGGUUGGACACCAAUUGUGCAAAGGAACAAGAAGAAACCUAUGUAUGCUGUGAUAAUUGGAGGAAUUGUAGGAGUGUUAGUGUUCUUGUCUAUUUUAGUUCUUAUAGUUUCCCUGCAACGAAGGCGAUCCAAACACUAUGGUGCUGUAUACGACAGGUCGUCAUACGGCCCAGCUUAUAGUGAAUCAAAAUUUACAAAGUCUUCUCAUUCAACGCUGCCAUCAGAUGAGGAUGAUGAUAAUGUGUUUGCUGCAGCUACGAAGAUGGGAUACAGAUCCGAAACAGUUUUUUCCGAUAUACUGAAGCCAGCAGGAAGUAUCAUAACAACAAUCAAUACUCUCUCCAAAGAUUCAAUAAUACAACAUAACAAUCAAUACUCUCUCCAAGGAUUGAAUCAAUCAACAAUCAUGUUCGCCUUCAAUUUACCAUUCUUUUUUCUUUUCUUCUCCACCAUCACCACCACCAUACAACCAUACAAAGCCACUGAUCGCGUCUUCCUCAACUGUGGUUCCAAUUCCAAUUCUAAUUCCAAUUCCGAAUCCGACAAGAGAUGGGAGGGUGAUGAACAUUCCAAGUUCGUGCCUUCCAAUAUCAACACCACAUCUUUUUCAUCCGUCCCCGAUGACGCUGAUUCUUCCAUCGAUGAUCUCCCUUACUCCACCGCUCGAUUUUUUAACACCACUCCGUUUACCUACACAUUUCCUGUCUCCUCCCAAGGCCCCAAAUUCCUCCGUUUACAUUUCUAUCCUACCCUCUACAUCCAUCGCAACGCCUACGAUGAUCUCAACACUGAACGAUCUUUCUUCUCCGUAUCAUCCAAUGGCUACUCUCUUUUAACCAACUUCAGCGCUUUCUUUGCUGCCGCCUUUCUUGCAAAGACUCACUCUAGUGCUGGAAUCAACAUUCCCCAUGUUCCUCGCGUUGUCAAAGAAUUCCUCAUCUAUGUAAAAGAUACACAAAUCCUAAACGUUACCUUUACACCCUCGCGCAACUCGCUUGCCUUCAUCAAUGGUAUUGAGAUUGUUUCAGUACCCGAAAAUCUGUAUUUUAAGGAUAAGGGCCUGAAGUACGUAGGGACGAAUAACGGACCCGUUAUUGACAGCAACACAGCGCUUGAAAAUAUUUACAGGCUAAACAUGGGCAGGGAACAAAUAUCCGUUAAAGACGAUACUGGUAUGUACCGGUCAUGGGAUCAAGACAAUAACUACGUACACGGAGCUGCAACUGGGUUAACGACUACUUAUCAUAGUCCGAUCAUGUAUACAAAGGAGACACCAAGUUACACCGCACCUGAGCUAGUUUAUCAAACACAGAGGAGUAUGGGCAAUCAGUCUGACAAGCACAAUUUGACUUGGAUACUUCCCGUUGAUUCUGGGUUUUAUUACUUGCUCCGGCUCCAUUUUUGCAACAUUAUACCACAAUACACAAAGGAAGGUGAUGUGAGUUUUAGAAUUUUUAUCAACAAUCAAACAGUUGAGCAGGAGGCUGAUGUAUUCCAUUGGACUCAAGGUAGCGGGUAUCCUGUAUACAAGGAUUACAUUGUGUUUGUCAACGAUACUGAAGGCCGCCGAAGCAUCCAAGAUUUGUGGCUAGCGAUGCAUCCUAAUCCCAGUCAUGAAGAAUCUGGUGAUGCUUAUUUGAACGGUUUGGAAGUCUUCAAGCUGAGCAUAAAUAAUAGUGUUGCUGGCCCAAACCCGGAACCUAGUUUUACAACCACACCAACCGUAAGCCCAAAUCCUGUACUUGGUUUUUGGACGACACCAACUGUAAAAGGGAACAAACAGCAAACUCCAUAUGUCGUGAUAAUUGUAGGAAUUGCUGAAGCCUUAGUCUUCUUGUCUUUUUUAGCAUUUAUAGUUUUCAAGCGACGCAGGCAAGCCAAACACUACAGUGCUGCUAACGACAGGUCAUCAGCUCGAUGUCGUCGUCUUUCACUUAAAGAAGUGAAAGCAGCUACCGACGAAUUUAAUGACAGUUUCGUCAUAGGCAAAGGAGGGUUUGGUAAGGUGUACAAAGGAUGCAUGAACAAGGCUACAACCAUUGUCGCAAUCAAACGGCUCGACUCAUCAUCUAGACAAGGUUUUCAAGAAUUCCGUACGGAAAUUGAGAUGUUGUCUAAACUACGCCAUGUCCAACUAGUGUCCCUGAUUGGAUACUGUGACGAUGAGGGAGAGAUGAUACUAGUGUAUGAUUACAUGGCACACGGGACGUUACGGGAACAUCUCUACAGCACAAGCAAACCUCCUAUGUCAUGGAAAAAACGUCUAGAUAUCUGCAUUGGAGUAGCCAAAGGGUUGCAUUAUCUCCACUCGGAUGGAAAGCGUGCAAUAAUUCAUGGUGAUGUCAAGUCUACAAAUAUCUUACUGGAUGAGAACUGGGUUGCUAAGUUGUCUGAUUUCGGCUUGUCAAAGCUAUGCUCCGAAGAUCAAUCAAAAAAACAUGUUAGCACCGGAGUGAAGGGUAGUGUGGGGUAUAUUGAUCCCGAAUAUUGUUGGACACAACAACUGACGAAGAAGUCUGAUGUGUACUCAUUUGGAGUGGUUCUUUUUGAAGUGUUGUGUGCAAGACCUGUUAUCGAUGCAGGAUUGAGAGACGAACAAGUGAAUUUGGCAGAAUGGGGCAAGGCAUGCCAUCGAAAGGGAACCCUAAUAGAAAUCAUUGAUCCGAAACUAAGUGGUGAGAUCGCACCUGGGUGUUUGAGGAAGUUUGGAGAUGUAGCAAGUAAAUGCUUGCACGAAGAAGGAAGUGAACGACCUGCAAUGGAGGAGGUAGUUUGGCGACUAGAGUUUGCAUUGCAACUACAAGAAGAUGCCGAGAAAGUGGACGGUCCUAAGACAACAGAUAAAAAUCAAGAACUUUCAUUUAUCAUAUAGACUUGUAAAGAGAACUUAGCAAAAUAAGUUUCAGCUUCAUACUAUACAGCUAUGUACUUUUCAAAAAAAAAUACUAUACAGCUAUGUCAGUUAUAUAUCAAACAUUAUACAA